AUAUCCUGUUUACAGACAGUGUCACUAAAGCUUUUUUUUCUAUAUUGUAUUUCAGUAUGGUUAGAAGACUCUUUCGUAAUGGCAAGGCCACAACACGUUUCAGAAACGGUGUCUUCAUUUAUCAGAAAUCCCUCUGACCUUUCACAAUCAACCCUUGAAGGAAGUCAGUGCAUCAGCAUAUUGUUGAAGUUGUCAUUGGUGCUUGUGUUUUAGCUAAUAGCGGAAUAAACAAGGAAAUAUAGGCCUACAGUAUCUGGCGGAAAGUGUGCAAGUAGGCUACACAAGUUGCGGCGCAAGUGAGUUAUAACGCAAGUUGCCACGCAAUGAUAGCCAUGGCGGAGUACAAUCUCCUAACUUUCUUUGAUCAUUGAAGCUUGCGUGUACCAAUGGAGCACAUUCAAGGUGCCUGGAAGACGCUCAGCAAUGGCUUUGGAUUAAAGGACUCUGUGUUUGAUGACGCUGGCCUGUCCCCCACCAUCAUGAAAGGCUUCCCAUAUCAGCGGCGCUCAUCGGAGGACGGGAAGAUCCCGGACGCCUCGAAGACGAGCAGCACCAUCCGGGUUUACCUGCCUAACAAGCAACGCACCGUGGUGAACGCUCGGCCAGGUAUGACUCUGCACAACUGCCUUAUCAAAGCCCUGAAGGUACGGGGGCUUCAGCCCGAGUGCUGCGCUGUCUUUAGGCUCCAUCCUGGUCAGAGAAGCAGAAAAUCGAGAAUGGAUUGGAACACAGACGCCGUGUCACUGAUCGGGGAAGAGCUUCUGGUGGAAGUGUUGGACCAUGUUCCUCUGACUACGCAUAACUUUGUACGGAAAACGUUUCUGAAGCUGGCUUUCUGUGACAUAUGCCAGAAGUUUCUCUUGAACGGUUUCCGUUGCCAAACGUGUGGCUACAAAUUCCACGAGCACUGCAGCACCAAGGUCCCCACCAUGUGUGUAGACUGGAGCAACAUCCGACAGCUCCUCCUGUUCCCAAGCCCUGGUGAAAGUGGUGCUCCUUCUCUUCCUCCCCUCACGUCACGGCGCAUGCGCGACUCUCUCUCCAGGUUUCCUGUCAGCUCCUAUCACAGACACUCCACACCUCACGCCUUCAACUACAUCGCCCCAUGUCCGCCCCCUGACGGAGCCCUCUCCCCCAGACAGAGGUCCACCUCCACCCCUAACGUCCACAUGGUCAGCACCGCCCUGCCGCUGGAUACCAGCAUGUACGAGGAUGCCUUAAGAAGUCACGAAUCUGAGAGCCCUCCAGACCUAAGUCCAGGCUGGUCUCAGCAGAAAGUCCCAACCCCCAUGCACAGGGAGAGAGCCACCUCCUCCAACUCUCAGGAGAAAAACAGAAUACGCCCCAGAGACAAAAGAGACUCGAGUUACUACUGGGAGAUUGAGGCUAGCGAGGUGGUGCUCCAUUCUAGAAUUGGCUCAGGGUCCUUUGGAACUGUCUACAAAGGGAAGUGGCAUGGGGACGUGGCAGUGAAGAUCCUUAAGGUGACAGAUCCGACUCCGGAACAGUUCCAGGCCUUCCGCAACGAGGUGGCCGUCCUCAGGAAGACCAGGCACGUCAACAUCCUGUUGUUCAUGGGCUACAUGACCAAAGACAACCUGGCCAUCGUGACCCAGUGGUGCGAUGGAAGCAGCCUCUACAACCACCUCCAUGUUCAGGAGACCAACCUCCAGAUGUUCCAGCUCAUCGACGUCGCCAGGCAGACUGCUCAGGGCAUGGAUUAUUUACACGCUAAGAAUAUCAUUCACCGGGACAUGAAAUCCAACAACAUCUUUCUCCACGAGGGUUUGACUGUGAAAAUCGGGGACUUCGGCCUGGCUACGGUGAAGGCCAGGUGGAGCGGUUCCCACCAGGUGGAACAACCCUCAGGAUCUAUACUCUGGAUGUCUCCCGAGGUGAUCCGGAUGCAGGACAACAACCCAUACAGCUUCCAGUCUGACGUCUACUCCUAUGGCGUCGUGCUCUACGAGCUGAUGACGGGAGAGCUGCCCUACUCCAUGAUAGCCAGCAGAGACCAGAUCAUCUACAUGGUGGGCAGAGGCUAUCUGUCACCUGACCUCAGCAAGCUGUAUAAAAGCUGCCCCAAGGCCAUGAAGAGGCUGGUGGCCGACUGCAUCAAGAAGUCCAAAGACGACCGACCCCUUUUCCCUCAGGUCCUGUCCUCCAUCGAGCUCCUGCAGCACGCGCUCCCCAAGAUCAACCGCAGCACGUCCGAGCCCUCGCUGCACAGAGCCACUCACACCGCCGACAUCACCACCUGCACCCUGACCUCCAGGCUGCCCGUUUUCUAGGGGUCCGCAGACGAGCGGCGCAAUAGAAACCCGACUUUGAUUCUACCACGUGCCUGCCUCGCGUCAGGCGGUAACUGGAUGCACGCUCAGCCACCCGUUGCCAACCUAAUGCAAGUGAAGAGGAGAGGGAGAGAGACUGCCCCGGAGGAGGUGGAGCAGCAGGAGAGAGACUGCCUCGGAGGAUGUGGAGCAGCACGAGAGACUUCACAGAUGUUGUAUGACGUGUAGUUGCACUCUAUUUUUUUUUCUUGGGAGUGAUUUGUGCUAAAAGUGACCAGACUUUCCCUCCCCCGAUUCCCCACAUUCACUGAAUGUUCACCACAUGUGCUGAAUGGUGUCUGGAGCACAGCUGUUUGAAAACAGACGGGACUAGGAGACACUUUGCCAUUGCGAUUAUUCUUGUCUUCUUACUGGUGUGAAUGCCACCAUGAAAUGUAUGACCAUUCAAACUGAUUUUAAAUGAGUACUUAUUACACAGCUUGACAAGCAGGUAUAUAGGGAUUGUUACUUGCCUGCUUAGAUCCAAGAAUGAUGGUGAAACUGAGGUCAAACAGGGUAGUAGUUUGUGGUUUUAAUAAUGAGGUAAUUGCCAGUCUGUUACAACCAGAUGAAGAUUAGGAGUGCCAGAAGACUCACGUCUACAAUGAUUAUGGAUUUUCAUAUAUUUAGGUAAUUGUUUGCCUCUGAGGGUUAUAAUUGUACUUGAAUAAGCUUACACCUGCAAAAAAAAAUGUUUAUUCAUAUUUUAAUAAAAUAAAGCUAAAUACUAUCA